GGUAGUGCUUCCUCAAUGCUCUGGUUAAUGUUUACCUGUGGCAAAGGAACUAUUUAGUUGCUGAUAACUUGGUCAUAACUUUUGCUUUCAGUAGCAGAGCAUGGUGUAUUUGACGUGGUUUGAGAGGUUUUCUGAAGACACAAACCCAACUUUUGUAUCAAGGUCAAACUCUUAGGAAACCUUCUUCUGUGGUGCUCGUUUUUGUCUCAGCUUGUUGAAAAUGGCGGGUGUAAGCAGCUGCAUGAAGUAUUCCAUGUUCAUCUUCAACUUUUUAUUUUGGUUGUGUGGUUCCAUUAUUUUGGGAGUCUCCAUAUGGAUACGUGUUAGUAAAGAUGCUCAGCAGGAGCUGGAGAUAGACAGCAGCCUGUUUGCAGGCGUUGAUCUGCUGAUAGCCGUGGGCUCCAUCAUUAUGGUCCUUGGGUUUCUGGGGUGCUGUGGUGCUGUAAAGGAGAGCCGGUGCAUGCUGCUUUUGUUUUUUAUUGGACUGCUUCUGAUCCUGAUUCUUCAGGUCACAGGAGGUAUUUUAGGAGCAGUGUACAGAUCUCAGGCUGAAAAAGUCCUUGACGAGGCUUUAAUGAGUAGUGCGAAAAAACUGCAAGGCUCCACACAAGAUUCUAAAGCAUUUCAGGAGAAGUUCCAGAAAUUUGAGAGAGAGAACCAGUGCUGUGGAUUGCUGAAUGGACCUAAAGACUGGGGAGACAAUUUUAAAAACCCUUCCGGUAGCUAUAAAAUCUGUCAGUGUGAACUAGAGAAGCCAUCACAAGACGUUUGCACUGACUUUGAAGGCAGACUGAUCUAUAAAACGCCUUGUGGAGAAGUGAUUGUCAAAUACAUUAAAGAUCAUCUGGUCAUAAUUAUGGGGAUCGCCUUUGGACUGGCUGUUAUUGAGAUUCUUGGUUUGGUGUUUUCUAUGAGCCUCUACUGCCAGAUCCAGAGAAAAUGAAACUGUGGAAGUGACAGAAUGACAUCACCAGCCAAAUAGAAACAGUUCUAGAUAGAAGGAUAUUUGGCUUGUGACAUUCAGACAACUAUACACAUGAUCCAGGCAGCUGUUCUGAUGCAAACAGCAGCCUUGCACAUGUGGAUACUUCACAAUUUUCAAAAUGACCUCUUUAUUCUUCAUAAGGCUUAAUUAUGUGAAUACGAGUUUUAAUUUGCAAUAAACAUGUUUGUUUAUGUUUC